UUUAUUUUUUAUUAUAUUUUAUUUUAUUUCAUUUCAUUUUAUUUCAUUUUAUUUAUUUAUUUUUGUGAUUUCAAUGACAAAAAAUACCAUGAUGAAUUCAAUAGGAAUAUUAUUUAGCUUUAUUGGCAUGGUAGGCCUUAUACUAUCUAUUAUAACACUAGUGCCACUAAACGGAUAUAAUUUGUAUACAACAUUUAAUGCAUCAACUAAAUUACUUUUAUUUGAAAUUCAAAGAAAUGAUGACUGGCAACACUUAAUUUUAUCUCGAGAUGCAAAACUUUAUUUUAUCUUUUUAUUUGGAUCGUUCAUGUCAAGUAUAUUGGCCAUAAUGACUACUUUUAUUGCUUUAUUUAGCAAUAUCAAAUCAAACAAAAAACAACAGCAGCAAAAAUCAUGGUUUUUACGGUUUAUAAGCGUUACACUCUUAAUACAAAUUGUAUUUUCGUUAUAUGGCGUGCAUCUUAUCUAUAGAGUGAAAAGCAAAACAGAAAUAAUACCUUUGGAAAUUCAACAGGACACCAUGUUAUCUUGUGCAAUUCUAUGUUUAAAUUACCUAUCUUUGAUUUUAUUUGCUGUUAUCCUACUAUUUGCUUCCUUCUGUAUUUUGUUAUCCUCCUAUUAUCAUCAAAGGGAUAAGCAGCAAAUGAGCAGCAGUACCAUAGAAGAUGAAAGAAGACCCUUAUUAAUAGCUGUUUAAUAUCUUCCCCUUGUUGUGUUUGUACCUGAUUGCGGUGUUUAAAGAUAUCGUGUACCCUUUAAAGAAAUAUUUUCUUUCAAAAAAAAAA